GUCAAAGUAAUGGCGUUGUUUAGCUAAGUGUUUGAAUUGUGUAUAUUGUCAAUUAAUUUAUACGUGGGUUGAUAUUUAUUUGGUUGAUAGACUACAUAUUUAUCUUAUUUAUAAAACAAAAGUACAGGACAGUCUUUUUUUGGAUGUUGUAGUAUGGAUAAAUGAAAUGAACUGCUUAUUCUAAUGCCAUUUUGAAACGCACUGUAAAGGGCCAAAAUACCUGUAGUCUAGCCUAGGCCUAUGUAAAUAUAAAAUCUCUCUAAUCGGCUUUUGACAUUAAGUUUAAUCCUUGCUUGACUUGAUAUUAAUCAUUAUGUCAACCAGUGAACAAAAUGUGCCAACUUCACAGUCCCUCAUCAAGGAGUUAUGCAGACAGAUGUGUCCAGGCAUUGAUUCAGCCAACCUGGCCAGAAUGUCGAAGGCUGCAAUUACUACUCUCUGCAGGUUUGAUACCACAAACAGCACAUUCCUGUCGGACAAUGAUGAGUUUGCAGUGGCAGAGAGGAUCAAAAAGCAUUUACAGUCCCGAGGUCAAGAUGCUUCGGUAUUUGAUGCACUACAUAAGAAGCUCAUCACUGUGUCCCGCUAUAAGAUGCAGAACAGGUCUGCAGUGUUGACGUUGUUCCUGAAGCUCAGCGAGGCUGAGAGCUCGUCCAAUGGCAACCUAGACUUCAGCAACAUUUCACAACACAGCUUUGACAGCCUGGCCAUUCCCAGACACCGUACUGUGUCGGAGACGCAAAGCACAAAGCGAUCUCCGAGUUUCCGAGGGCUUCCUACAUCAACCAAGCAGUCUGUGGAAUCCAUGAACCGUAGCAAUGGUCUUCCGAAAGAAAACUCAGUGAGUAUAAAUGUAAAUACCGAACGGCGCAUCAACCGUAGCAGCUCUGAGAGGCCUGAAAUGUUGACCAGGACAUUGCCCUCGUCUCAGACACCACCUCGGACACAACGCUUUGCUCCUGGUAAAUAUGACGUCACAGAAUUGCAAAUCAUCAAAGAACUUCUCUUCUGUUUUCAAGGAAUUGAAGGAGACAUACUGAGACUGGAUAACGAUAAUGGAUUUAAAAUUGAUCCUUUGGCUAAAGUAACUCAGCCCAACAUGGUCAGAUCACUGAUGGAGAUGGGUUACCUACACAACUGUGUGACCAGCAGUUGUCAACAGUUGGAGGAGAAGGGAGGUAACGUGGCCCGAGGACUGACUACAGCUAUACGAGCUCAGCUCACUGAGUACUACAGCACAGUUGCGGAGCUCCACUCCAAGCUGAAGCAGACUCAGUCGAUGUCACAAAUAGAUGACUCGCCUCUAAGUGAGGAAACGUCCAGUCAUUUUGUCCAGACAGGGCUGACACUACGACGGCUGCUGGUGUGGAUGCGAGAGCCGCGAAGGAGGUUUCAAGUGUUGGUAGACCUGUGUCAGGUGUGCAUGGAUCUGCGCGGCGGAGCUAUCAUCAGUGCAGCCUACCCCUACAGCUAUCACGGCUCUCUGGAAGUACAGAAGACUGCCACUAAACUCCUGGCUGCGGCCGCUAGACCGUUGUUUACACUGAUGUGCCAUUGGAUAGUUCAAGGCGAACUCUAUGACCCUUACGAUGAGUUCUUCGUCGGAGUCAACAAAAUGUGUCUACCUCACAAUCAAUGGAAAGAUAAAUAUUUUUUAAGGAACAGUCUAGUACCAGCUGUGAUGACAGAGCAGCAGGCCAUGAUGGUGCUCAGUGCUGGUCGAUGUAUCAACUUCCUCAACGAGAUCUGCAGCCACAAGAUGGAAGUGACCGGUGCCCGAGCGAAGCUGCGCAAACUCCACACGGCUAAAGAGGGGGAGUUUCUGCAGCUGGCAGAGCCGGCCAGUCCGUUGGCCAUCAUCAUAGAAGCUGCCUGUAGGGAGGCCUCUCAGCUAGUGCUAGAGACUCUCAAGUCACAGUUCUAUGUGUUACUCUCUAUGUUUGUUCUACAGAGGGGGAGUUUCUGCAGCUGGCAGAGCCGGCCAGUCUUGGCCAUCAUCAUAGAAGCUGCCUGUAGGGAGGCCUCUCAGCUAGUGUUAGAGACUCUCAAGUCACAGUUCAAGCUGUUUGUCAACUUCCAUGGUCUGAGGAGGUACAUGCUGAUGGGACAGGGUGACUUCUACCGCUACCUCAUACAGCUGCUUGAACCCGAGUUGAACAAGAAUGUGGAUCAGGUGUACCAACACACACUGGUGAGCAUCUUAGACACAGCUAUCAGGUCUACCAACUGUCAGUACGAGGACAAGGAGGUGUUGUCUCGUCUAUGUGUCAAGACGUUUGACGCUAGUCUGGGCGAGACAGGCUGGGACACGUUCACCAUGGCAUACAACACUUAUGGACCUCUGGAUACGGUGUUCCAGCUGGGAGAUGGUACAUACCAGGCGAUGUUCUUGUUUCUGUGGCAGCUCAAGAGGGUGGAAUACUCUCUGUCUAACUUCCGCAAGGAGCAAACAUGUGUUUUGAAGAAGCUGCAAAUACGUCAGGACUUCCGAGAAUUACAAACGAUGUUAAACACAUGCAGUCUCAUGACAGCAGAGAUGGUUCACUACAUCAACCAAGUGCUGUACUACAUCAUGUUCGAGGUGAUUGAAUGUGCGUUUGAAAGCUUCGCAGCCAAGUUUAAUUCGGCUACGACCAUCGAGGAAGUGAUCCACGACCAUGAAAUCUUCCUUCAGGAGAUCAAGACAAAGACAUUGAAAGACGACAGUGAAACGUCCAGGGAGCUCUUCAAGGUUAUGACAUCAUUGAACCUGGCUAUCCUGAACCUGGUGAGUUACGGAGGUCAGUUCCUGGAGCGGGCCGAGGCUGAACUAGAGAGGAGGGUAGCUCGUGAUCGGAGGGUGGAGGCCGAGGGAACAAACUAUGAGGAAGAGGCGCAAAAUCAGAAGGCAGUGAGCUCUUUCAACAUCAAGAUUCACUACGCUACUAAGGAGAUUAAUAAUAUCUGCCACACAUAUAAGGAAAACGUCCGUAAGCUGCUUGUACAACUGUCUACUCAGCAGACAGAUUUGCAGCUGCUUUGCAUGCGGUUGGACUUCAACGAGUUUUAUAAGAGAUCAGAGCCGGAACUUUCAGAGAAUUUAAAGCUUGGUCGUGUCACAAAUUUCAAUUCUGCAAUGAGGAGCUCGAUGCAAGGCUCGCUGCAAGGUUCGAUGCACGAAUGACCUGAGUCCCCCACUCCACCGGCAUCACCACCUUUGCCAAGAGAAGAGAGACAAGUCAAUGAAGAUUCACCGAAAGAAAUGGCUCCCCCGGAACUAUACCCCCACCUAGAUAAUGCUUGUAAUAAUGUCCAUCCAGCAGACGAAUAUGUCAACGAGGGAUUGUAUGAUAACAGCGAUACAGAGAGCUCCAUAGAUCAGAUGGUCGAUGAAAAUAUUUCCUUAAGAGAAGCGGACCUGGACCGAGAUCUUCUACUUGGCGAAGACAUUUACGAAACAAUCGAUUACUACAGCAGGAACGUAAACCGAGAGUUUGACAAUAUAAGCCCAGUUGUGUUUGAGUCUUACUCAGCGUCCAGUGGUAGUGAAGAAAGCAUAAACCAUUCUGCAGAUUGUGAGGUUAAGUUUGUCGAUCAUUCUGACAGUUCGCAUUCAGAUGUAGGUUACUCUUCUAAUUUGAACACUACCAACAACGAUGAAAGUCUGAUAGAAUUUGAUGUGAAGAAAAAGGAAAGCUUUUGCUCUUACCAACCGAGGAAGAUCUCUAAAGAGGAUCCGAUGGGGAGAAGUGUCAGUGAUUCUUUCCUGGAUAGAGUAAAGGGUUUUAGAUUUUUGAAGGGGAAGAAGUCCAAAAACAAGACUAAAAGCCUGUCGAAGACAAAUGACUACGAGGUAUCAGCAAGCAGUCAUAAAGAGUUAGGUGAUUCUGGUGUGAUGAACUAUGGUAGUACCGAGGGCGUUCACACAGUAGACUUUGAUGAUAGUCUCAGGGAAGAUCAGUUUGAAUCUCUCAAUAGAAAAUUUGGUAAGAACAAAAAACAUGAUGGGUUCAACCCCUGCUGCGUUGGCUGACUAUUAGACGAGUCGUAGGACAAGUAAUUUUUGCAUCCGUCAUCUUGCCUAUGAAUAUCUUUACGAUAGAUUAAUUUAUUGUUCUUAAUGUUUUAUCUCAAUUUUAUUCCUAAUCCAUAAAAUCUUUUGUCAACAUUUUUCAACUAAAAAUAACUGCCAGUCUUAUGUGUUUCAGUAUACAAUGUUGAAAGCAUACAUAUCAUUUAAAUUGUUUAAGAACUUGGAAUAUCUUUUGCUGUUAAACUCUGCCUGGCAGUUUUUCAACAUUUGGGUUAAAGAAGUUAGAACAUUACAAUCAAUUUUUUAGUAAUAUUAAGUUUUAAUGGCAAAUUUUAGAAUGAUUGCAUUUUAAUGUCAAAGUCACUGUAACCCUCUAUUGAGCCAAAUGAACAAUUAAUUGUUAUCAUACAUGUUCUCUGUACAAAAUAGUUGGUAAGAAACUAGGUUUAAGACCCAGAAUAGGUCAAUAAAUCUCCGACAUGUUAGUGAGGAAGUCCCCUAUAAGUAUUAGCUUGAAUUUUUGCCAUCACUAGUUUUUAGCUAUCACAUCACCUUUUACAUUCAUGUGCCACUCUUGUUAGUUUCUUAACUAGUUAAUUGGUUUAAGAUUGGCCAAACAGAAACAUUGUUAACAAAAUUUGUGCCAUAGUUUUAGUAUUUGAAAAUGAUGGCUCGUUACUUUUAGUUAGUUCAGCUAUAAGAAAAUUCUAGUACCGAUUGGAAACGUCCUCCUUUCAAACUUAAAUUAGGCUAUCAUAGUUCUAUGUAAUAGGACUAUACAUUCGUUUAUAUUCAAACUCCAAUGUAAACGUUGAUUAAGAAGUGCUGUAUUCAUUUACAUGAUUAACACUUCUCGUGAAAAACAGAAUUUCCCUUGUAAACACUGAACAACUUAAAAAAACCAUGUAGCCUAAACAAAACUAGUGUUGUUUUGCUUUAUGUAAAAUCCCGUGUUAACUUUGCUUUACUUCUGCAAUGCCUUGCUUGAUUGAUAACGAAAACUGUUUUAACUAUUUAAUUUUUAUAAGUUUGUAUUCACUUCACUUUCGGAUAUCAACAACUUUGCUGCUGAUACUUUUUAAGGUUCACUGUAGCUUCUCAGAAUCCCUUUUUUAUUCUGAUAUUACAAAAGUCAAAAUACUAAAAUAGCUUUCAAUAAUUUUAGUUAUUGCAAACGCAAACAGUGAAGGACAAUUUUUUAAUCUUUUAUAUUUGGUAAAUCAUGCUAGAGUAUUUUUAUAAUGGAUCGAUUACAUAGAACUACGAUAAAGAAAUAACAUGUUUAGCACACUUCCCAAUCUCUGAUAUAUCUUUGUAAAUAUUAACCACAGCGGUUGCUGUUUCAUAGUGAGAUAAGUGUUAUUUAUUACUCAAUUGUGCUCUCUUAAAAUAGUGUUAAUUAUUCUAUUUAUUUGUGUGUUUUAUGUAAGAUGGUUUGUUACAAUGAAAGAAAUGUGUCGUAUGUUCAAAUUUGAUAUUUUAAUCUAAUGUUAGUCAACUAGAUGAUCUUGUAUCUGUUUUGUUGUUUCACAUAAACAUUUUUUUGAAACACUUUUGAUGUACAAUACCUAUUAUAGCCUAGUUAUUGUAGUUCAUAAACUUAAGAUGAUUUUUUUGUUACUGCUUUGAUGUACAUAUUUUCCUUUAGAUUUUAUUUGUAAUUUUAAAAAUCCAUAGGUGUAAUUUUGGUCUUUCUCGAGCUUAGUUAAAGUACAUUAAGUAAAUAAAAUAUUUUUGUAUUUUUAAGUAGACUGCUUAGUUAAAACUGAUCUUAAAAUCAUAAGAAUUAGUUGCGUUAACGCUUAUUUUUUUGUGGCAUAUAUUUUUCUUUGAUGAUACAUUUGUAUACUCAAGGCUGUUUAAAAUCAAUAUACAUGAAGAAUCGAGAAUUUAUGUCUGAAAACAGGUGUAACAAGUAAUUUACAAUAUAAGUGUUUAGUUUCUUUAAGAUGACGUGCUGACACUCCGACUAGUUAACUUGGCUGUGUCAGUGAUUCAAUGAGAAAGGGAAGGAUUAAAUCAAACUUGGCUAUUUCGUAGCUUUGAUCUUCAAUGAAAAAUCCUAGGUAAACAUAAUAUGCUACAAUAUUAGGCCUAUAUGCUGCUGACGUUUGGCAUUUAAUAUUCAUUUAGUAGGGAAAUAAAAAAAAAAAUUAAAUUAGUACAAUAACUUAGUGAAAUAUGUAUUGGCCUCAGUAGUCAUUGUUUUAAUGUUUAAGAUUUUCUUGGGAUGUACACAGCAGACAUAUCCAAAGUUCUAAGAUUACUGUUUACAACAUAACUCAUUUUCCCUUAAUUCUUGGUAACUAAGUUUUUAACUUGUAAAUAACAAAAAUGAGGUCUUCACUUCAAUAAUGGCAAUUUAGUCUUACGAAGCUUAGUUCAUCCCAGUACAUACUAAUUGUUAAACUUGUGUUAUAUGUUACUCAUUAUUGUGAUAAUACUAUCCACCAUAUCAAAAUUAAGUACAGUAUGGUAUUUGUAUGUACAUAGAAUUUCCAGUGUUAGGUGCGUUUUAUAAGCUUCUCUGAUUUAGCUUUGUAUAAUGUUACCAUUUUUAGUAUUGUUAAUUUUGUGUCAUAAUUUGAUUUGAAAAUAACUGUGCAAAGUUUAAUUGUGGUGCCUUUAUGCUUGAUCAAACUAUUGAGUGCUUUGAACGAUUUAAGUUAAGCUGUUAGUUUGAGUUUGUGAAACAUUUUUAUAGUUGCUUCAAAUAAGUUUCCCUCUCAAAGCUGUUUGUGUCAUAUUUGUUUAGCUUAUGGCUUUUAUACUCUGUUACAUUGUUAUAAACUAUUGCUAUGUUAGGUUUUUUUUAAGUCAAACAGUUUAAAAUCUUUAUUAUAGUGUCUUCCAAUCCAUCCUGAAUCCCAAACAUUCUUUUUUAGCAACUGUAGUAAAAAAAGACUCAGCUAAAUUCUUAAAUAACUAUAAAAAACGAAUGGAUAAAGAAAGUAACCAAAAAGCCUGCUUGAGAUGCAACUAAAAAAUUCAAUCAUCAUAUCAACUUCCAUCCGAGCUGUCCACCAUUUUUUAAAGUAGAUCUCUGCUACAAACAGAUGACCCCUCAGGAGCUGCAGAAUAGACCUGACCGAGACGGAAUCCAAUCGUUUAAUCUGUGUAAAUAGACAACGCCUCAGAUUGAUUGGUCAUUGAUUAACUAAUUAUUGAACCCAAUGUCCUACCGUGGAUUUUCCUACAUUGGUCCAGUAGUUGAAGUUCAAAUCCUGUUAAUCGCCAAUGGUUUCAUUUGUAUUAAAUUGUCACCCGUUAGUUCAACGCCAACCUCAAGCCUUAGGUCAAUGUUACUAUAUUGUUAUAGUUUUAAUACUAAACUUUCAGUACCACCUAAUUUAAAUUUAAAAUAGUUAGUUUUAUAGUUGCAUUAAAAUAUAUUUAGUUUAAUUGAAUUGGCAAGUAUUUUUACUCUAGAAGCGUUGAUGACAUAAUCUUUUCCAUUUGUAAAUGGUAGUUUAUUGCGUAAACUUGUAAAAAAUAACAAAUUUUAUGUUUAUUUUAAACUCAAAUUGUAUUGUUGUACAAUUACCUCAAAUCAGCUCCAACAACAAAACAUUCAAAAACUAAAGUUUGUUCAGAAAAUUUAGGCUGUUUAAGGGGUAGGUUUCCCGGGUUCCCCAACCAUUUUUUUAGCUUAAUGUAUAACAACUGAUCAGCUGUUGGGUGUUGUUUCAAUGAUAUUGUGAGGUGGAGGGGAUAGAUUCGCUCCCCCUAAUAUCGCCUAAUCUUUGUGAACUGUGUGAUCUUUGUAAUAGCUGUAAUAUAUUAGAUUAUAAUUUAUAAUGUAUUGGUCUUUAUUAGCCCUAAGUUUCAUGAAAUAUAGUUCUAUAUACACUCUUUCAAAACAAUAUUGUUGAAAUAACCCCUAUUACUUAUUUGUGUUUAAAAUACUGUAGAACCACCUUAAAAAUGUUAUGUUAGCGUUCUUGAUGCUGAGAAUUCGGUUAUAAUACAUUGUUGUAUUUGUUGUUUGUUAAACCUACAUGAUGCUAAUAAACUAAUAUUUGGUUACUAGCACUUUGGCAUAUUUAACAUACUAACUGAAACCUCUUUAUAUUUAGAGCUACAAGAAAAAAUCUGUUGGUUCUAAAAUUGAUCAGGUUUAACAUUCUUGAUUAAAUAUUACAAGAGUGUUAUAAUUAAUUGUUCUGCUUAGCUUUGUUUUAGUUGCUGUGUUUUGAUCUCAAUUACUGUUAGAUCUCUAAAACUGAAUCGUUUGAAGUUAAAGUAGUUAUAUUUUCUUUGAAAAAAACUAAAGUAGUUAGGAAAGUUACUUAUAUAAUGAUGUAAUCUCAUCAAAAUUUAGCUAAAGCACUCAUUUACUUAAAUCUUACAGAUAUUGCUUUUGGAUCAAUACUAUAAUGAAACAACUAGCAUUUAUUUAUAUUGAAUAAGAAAAGUUUCCCUUACAACAUUAGCCUAGUUAAACAAUGUUUCGUUUAAGCAUAAACAUAUUACUUAUUAACAGUAGAAACACUGCAGUAAACGUUUUCGACUGAAGAGUUAAAUUUAGUAGUUAAUGUAUAUUUUGAAUUUAUUUUUCCAUGUAUAUAUUUGUACCAUCUGAAACAUUUUAGUGUGUUCUCUGCCGCACAAUUAAUUGUUAAUAUGUGUAUAGUUUCCUUUUCUUGUUAAUUCUUAGUUUGUAAAUAAAUAAUACUUUGCCUAA